AGGGCCGCGUCCCCGGCUGGCUGGGCCGGGCGGAUGUCGGGGAUCCCCUACCGCCGCCCCGAGCCGGCCGCCAGACCCACGCGGGCGCUGUGGGCCCUGAGGCCGGAGCUGCUACGUCUUCUCGCCUCGCAGCCCCUUCCGAAAACCCUGCGCCCCGGGCCUCGCCGAGGGCCCGGCCUCGCUUCAGGGACUUGGGGACGGUAUGUGUUCAGCAUAGCCACGCCUCUGAAUGCGGCGGCGAUGGGCGCCAGGCCCUCGCGGCGGGGGCGGCCCGUGGACCCGCCCAUGGCCCUGGACGAGCUGCCCCUCGAGCUGCUCGUGCGGGUGCUGAGCUACGUGCCGCCGUGCACGUUAGUGACCCGCUGCCGAGCGGUAUGCCGCACCUGGCGCGAAGUGGUAGACGGGCCCACCGUGUGGUUGCUGCAGCUGGCCCGCGACCGUAGCGCCGAGGGCCGCGCACUCUAUGCCUUGGCUCAGCGCUGCCCGCCCAACAGCGAGGACGAGGAGGAACUCCCGCUCUGCGCCCUGGCGCGCUUCUCUCUGCGCGCGCCGCUCCGCCGAAACCUCAUCUUCAACUCCUGCGGAGAGCAGGGUUUCAGAGGCUGGGAGGUGGAGCACGGCGGCAACGGCUGGGCGGUGGAGAAAAACAUAACCCUGGUGCCUGGGGCUCCUUCCCAGACCUGCUUCGUGACUUCUUUCGAAUGGUGCUUCAAGAGACAGCUUGUGGACCUGGUGACGGAGGGGCUGUGGCAGGAGCUGUUGGACAGCGCCCAGCUUGAGAUCUGCGUGGCUGACUGGUGGGGCGCCCGAGAGAACUGCGGCUGCAUCUACCGCCUUCGGGUCCGCCUCUUGGAUGUGUACGAAAACGAAGUGGUGAAGUUCUCCGCGUCACCCAACCCGGUCCUUCAGUGGACUGAGAGGACCUGCCGACAGGUCUCCCACGUAUUCACCAACUUUGGCAAGGGCAUCCGCUAUGUGUCUUUUGAGCAGUAUGGGAGAGACACGCGUUCCUGGGUGGGGCACUAUGGCGCCCUGGUGACCCAUUCCAGCGUGAGGGUCAGGAUCCGGCUCUCUUAGCUGGCCAGCAUGACCACACCUUCCGGGACACACUGCCAUAUGCUAGAUGUCAUCAAAAUCAAAAGUGGCUUUGCAGCCCUGAGCCUGAGGAUACCCAGAUAUCCAGAGUCCCAUGGCACCUGCAUGGUGACCUUCGUGCUGUAUGACAAACCAGAGACCCCAACAGACACUUCGUGGCUCGCUGAGCUCCCCAGGUAGGGAUGUCACAGACUGGGGACAUUAAGUUGGUUUGUGUGCCUGCAAGCUGUUCCUUCACAGGUAGACACCUGAGUUAAGAAACAAAGGUUAACUGAAUCAAGAAACAAAGGUCAAAACAGCCUUACGAUGGAGAGGGGGAAGCUGCUGAUCAGGGAAUGGUGACUCUUGUCCAUGUUUUUGAAGUGAGUCACUGGCAGAAGCCAGAGUUCAUUUGGGCCAUCUGUCCUUAAGACCCACAGGGGCCUCAAAGGAAACCCUGUUGUUUUGGGGUCUCUGGGAUUCAGCUGUGGGGCCCUAUAACCAGCCAUCUCUGGGCACUGUCCAGCCCGCCCCUUUGAGCCACCUAUCUGCCAUCAGAAUUCUCCAAGGCCAGUCCCCACCCUCACCUCCUGCUGGAUGACACCCUCCUUCCCCCUCACGAGUGCCUUCCUGUAUGGGGACCUGGCACAAGGCCCAGCAUGUGGAAAAGCACCCUGCCCCUGAGUCCAAGUGCUGCCCAGCAGGCCCCAGCCAACCAACUGGCUCAGUAAAAUUGGUGUUAAGUAUGAG